CCAUGAAAUUUUCCUUCGAAUGUGGACCUCUGAACAUUUGAACUCGGAUGAAACCUGUCUGGCAUGUUUUUACAAAAUCAUCAAAAAGACCUACAUGCCAUCCACGCACGCGCCGAAGUGAGAUUCAUAAUGUCCUUUUGUAAUCUUCUAAAAUUCUCUUCGGACGUUCUUUUUUGUGUCUACUAAUCAAAAUAUAUUUAUCCUGAAAGAUGAUUGGUUCGAUUUUCGGUUUAGUUUUCACCGCUCUCCUCUGGCAAAAAGGCUGUUCUGAGUUCACUUGCCCUAACAGUAACGGUUACUAUGCUGAUCCUGUCCAAUGCGAUCUCUACUACGAAUGUCGGAAUGGCGAACCGAAGGCGAAAUUGUGCAAAGAUGGUCUCGUCUUUAACGAUUUGAAUCCACUUUACGAAAGAUGCGAUUUCCCUUUCGCUGUUGACUGCAAGGAUAGAACAUACCUACAACCCGCUCAAGCCAGCACCAACUGCCCCAGACGAAAUGGUAUAUUCGCUAAGGCAGGUAGCUGCAAAACUUUCUGGCAAUGUAAAGACGGAUUAGCUUCAAAAAUGAAUUGUCAGACUGGAUUGUCUUUCAACUCGAAAAGUGGGACUUGUCAAUGGCAAUAUCUUGUACCUGACUGCGGAAAAGAACAACCAGAAUCAUCUUAAAGCAAAGGUGCAGAUAAGAAAGACAAGAGUCCUUACAAACCAAUUUGUUCAUAGAUACAAAUUUAACAAAGGAAUGAUUAAUAAAGUAAAUUAACAUACUUUUUCUCUUGAA